CUCUUCCCUCCUGGAGCCCUUUUCAUUUUUAUUUCUAACCCCCUCUCCAUUCUCCCUGCUGCCUCUGCUCCUUCCCCCGAUGGCUAUGAACUGAGCAGCAGAGGAGAGGGGGGGCACAGGAAUAAGGGAAGGGGGAAAAAAUAAGAAAAAAGCCCAGAAAGCAGGAGGGAAAAAAAAGGAUCUUUUUUUUUGCCUCUGCCCUUAAUGCCCGCGAUCUGGAUCAAGGAGGGGGAUUUUCUGUCUGAGCAUGAAAAGGACUGCUAGAGCCCCAGGAUUUUCACGCCUGCAUUAUCAGCCCAGCACCCAGUAUGCGAGCUGGACAGAGAGGCUCUCCCACAAGUUCCUACCGAGCCGAAUAAAACCCACGGGCGAGCACAUCUCCGCCAGAGAGGGACGUUAGCAUCAGGACUCCACAGAAUGGAGCAAGAAUGAGAGGAAAAAGGCAGACAGAAAAGCAUGAACUGGAGGCUUGUUGAGUUCCUCUACCUCCUGUUUAUAUGGGACCAUAUACUAGUACAGCCCUCCCACCAGGACCCAGCUGCUACCAACCAACAUGUCUCCAAGGAAUUUGAUUGGCUUAUUUCAGACAGGGGGCCUUUCCACCACUCACGGAGCUACUUAUCCUUUGUGGAAAGACAUCGUCAAGGAUUUACAACCAGAUAUAAAAUAUACAGGGAGUUUGCCCGUUGGAAGGUGAGGAACACAGCCAUCGAGCGGAGGGACCUGCUCCACAACCCGCUGCCCCUGAUGCCCGAGUUUCAGAGGAGCAUCCGCCUGCUGGGCAGGAGACCCACCACGCAGCAGUUCAUUGACACCAUCAUCAAGAAGUACGGCACCCACAUCCUCAUCUCUGCCACCCUGGGAGGAGAGGAGGCCUUGACCAUGUACAUGGACAAAAGCCGACUUGACAGAAAGUCAGGAAACGCUACCCAGAGUGUCGAAGCAUUGCACCAGCUUGCUUCCUCCUACUUUGUAGACCGUGAUGGCACCAUGAGGAGACUCCAUGAGAUCCAGAUCUCUACCGGAGCAAUCAAGGUAACAGAAACUCGGACUGGCCCUCUGGGCUGUAACAGCUAUGACAAUCUGGACUCUGUGAGUUCUGUCCUUCUGCAAAGCACUGAGAGCAAACUCCACCUGCAAGGUCUCCAGCUCAUCUUUCCUCAGUAUUUACAAGAGAAGUUUGUCCAGUCUGCCUUGAGUUACAUCAUGUGCAAUGGAGAGGGGGAAUACAUCUGCCGGAACAGCCAGUGCGGCUGCCAGUGUGCUGAGGAAUUCCCGCAGUGCAACUGUCCCAUCACCGACAUCCAGAUCAUGGAGUACACGCUAGCAAACAUGGCCAAGUCCUGGACAGAAGCCUAUAAAGAUCUGGAGAAUUCAGAUGAGUUUAAAUCCUUCAUGAAAAGGCUACCUAGCAACCACUUUCUGACCAUUGGGAGCAUCCACCAGCACUGGGGGAAUGACUGGGAUCUUCAGAACCGGUACAAGCUCCUGCAAAGCUCCCUGGAAGCCCAGCGCCAGAAGAUCCAGCGCACUGCCCGCAAACUCUUUGGCCUCAGUGUCCGGUGUCGGCACAACCCUAACCACCAGCUGCCUAGAGAAAGCCGAUGCCCAGCUCUGCCCUGGAUUCUGCAUUUUCAUUUAAUUACGUCCUUUACUGCUGCCAUCAGCAGAUGGACAAUACAGGAAUGGCUUACCCGGGUCCAGUCCCUGCUCUACUGCAAUGAGAAUGGGUUCUGGGGGACCUUUCUGGAAAGCCAGCGGAGCUGCGUAUGCCAUGGUGGCACCAGCCUGUGCCAGCGCCCCAUCCCCUGCAUCAUCGGGGGCAACAACAGCUGCGCCAUGUGCAGCCUUGCCAACAUUUCUCUCUGCGGCUCAUGCAACAAGGGCUAUAAGCUUUACCGGGGUCGUUGCGAGCCUCAAAACGUAGACUCAGAGCGGAGCGAGCAGUUCAUCAGCUUCGAAACGGACUUGGACUUCCAGGACCUAGAGCUGAAGUACCUGCUGCAGAAAAUGGACUCCCGCCUGUAUGUGCAUACUACCUUCAUCAGCAACGAGAUCCGCUUGGACACCUUCUUCGACCCCAGGUGGCGCAAACGCAUGUCCCUCACCUUGAAGAGCAACAAGAACCGGAUGGACUUCAUCCACAUGGUCAUUGGGAUCUCCAUGCGAAUCUGCCAGAUGCGCAACAGCAGCCUGGACCCUAUGUUCUUUGUCUAUGUCAACCCAUUCAGCGGGAGUCACUCCGAGGGCUGGAACAUGCCCUUUGGGGAGUAUGGCUACCCGCGCUGGGAGAAAAUCCGCCUCCAAAACAGCCAGUGCUACAACUGGACCCUGCUCUUGGGCAACCGGUGGAAAACCUUUUUCGAGACCGUCCACAUCUACCUACGGAGCCGGACUCGGCUGCCUUCCCUGCUGCGUAACGAGACUGGUCAAGGGCCCGUGGACCUUUCUGAUCCCACCAAGCGUCAGUUCUACAUCAAGAUCUCGGAUGUGCAGGUGUAUGGCUACAGCCUGCGUUUUAACGCUGACCUCCUGCGCAGUGCUGUGCAGCAGGUCAACCAGUCGUACACGCAAGGCGGGCAGUUCUAUUCUUCCUCCUCCGUCAUGCUCUUGCUGCUGGAUAUUCGGGACCGAAUCAAUAGACUGGCGCCUCCCGUGGCCCCGGGGAAGCCCCAGCUGGAUCUGUUCUCUUGUAUGCUCAAGCACCGCCUGAAACUCACCAACAGCGAGAUCAUCCGUGUGAACCAUGCUCUAGACCUGUACAACACCGAGAUCCUCAAACAGUCGGACCAGAUGACAGCCAAACUCUGCUAACCCGGACUUUUCAGUGGACACAUUGGUGACUGAUCCUUUUGCUGUAAAAAAAUAAAAGAGAAAAAAAAGAGAAAAAAUUAAAAAGAAAGAAAGAAAAGGGGGAAAAAAAAGAAAAGAAAGGGGAAAAACAAAAUUUGUAAAAUGUAAUUAAUAUACAAAAGAGAAAAAAAGAGGGAAUUCUUCAUUUGUUGAAAACUAAACCCGUUCUAGCAGCUGUAUAAAACUGUCAGGCAUGUUUGUUAUUUCUAUAAUCCAUCAUAAAAGGGUAACACCUUACUUUCUCUUGACCUUGAGGGUGUUGCUUGCUAGGCCUCAGGGGCAGCAGAAUAAAUAAAGGGAGGAGCAGAGAGGGGCAAAUUUCUGUAUUAACUGUAAAGAUUUCUGCUAUGCAGGUGCCAAGACAAAGAAACAAACAAAAAAAAUCAAAGCAAACAAAAAAGUUAUAUGUAAAUGUAAAAGAACUGCCAUUAUUCCUAGUGGGAGUAAAUGGUCAAAGAUAAAAGAUAUUUCUUCUGUUGAGAUUUAU